UAAAAAAGAAGAACCGCGCGUCACAACGAAAAACCCUGUGUUCCCUCUCUCCAUCGUCGUCGUCACCAUCGUUCUCUUGCAGUCGCCGGGAAUCAUUACCUUUGCAUAUUAAUCACUCCGGCAAUGGCUGAUUUUCAGACUUCUACCCACCGAUCGAAGUGGAUCUUCUCUCCUCAAAAAUUGAUUGAGAAAUAUAAAGCUGCCAAUAAGAGAGCCAAACAAACCCUAGACACCUGUGGUGCUACUCUAAUGGAAGUUGAUGUUGAUGGCUCUUUAACAUAUCCUCAACCCCACCCCAAUGCAAACGAUAAUGGUGAAAAGCAUUCUCGGAUAAAACCUCUUAGUAUUGAAGAAGAACAAAGUAUAAAGGUAUUUUAUGAAAAUAAGCUACAAGAAGUGUGUAACAAUUUUCAUUUCCCUCAUAAGAUCCAGGCAACAGCCCUCAUCUUUUUUAAAAGGUUCUAUCUGCAGUGGUCUGUCAUGGAACAUCAACCAAAAAAUAUAAUGUUGACCUGCAUAUAUGCUGCUUGUAAGAUAGAAGAAAAUCAUGUAUCGGCUGAGGAGCUUGGUAAGGGGAUUUCACAAGAUCAUCAAAUGAUUCUCAAUAAUGAGAUGAUAGUUUAUCAGAGUCUGGAUUUUGAUCUUAUUGUUUAUGCUCCAUAUCGCUCAGUUGAAGGUUUUACAGAUUCUAUGGAGGAACUUUGCAUUUCUGGUGAGGACGAGCUUCAAAAAUUCAAGGCUUUGCAAAACACAGCAAGACUGGAAGUUGAUAAAAUGAUGCUUACAGAUUCACCACUCUUAUUUCCUCCUGGGCAGUUGGCCUUGGCUGCUCUGCGUACGUCAAAUGCACUCCAUACAGUUGUUGAUUUUGAUAGUUUUCUGAGCAGAAUUUUCUCCCAUCAAAAUUCUACGCACACAAUGACUGAGCUUCUUGAAUCGUUGGAUGCAAUUGAUUCUUGGGUUAGAAAAUACAAAAGUCCUUCAGAGAAGGAAUUGAAGCACAUCAACCGGAAACUGAAGUCUUGCUGGGGCCAUAGCUCUCAUGACGAGGGAAAGAAGAGGGAAAAGAAAUCAAAGCACAAGUCCAGAAAGAGCUCAAAUGAAGCACUCAAUACAUAGUCUACUCUAGUUUUAUAUUCCGUUUAAUUGAGGCACUCAUCUGAUUUUUGUAAGGGAGUUUUUUUUUUUGGGGUUUCCAUUGAAUAUGAAGGAUGGUAUGUUGAAGAGUUAUUUAUCUUGAUUUUAUUGAACACACACCGACAUAAUGGACAGACCUUGUCCGUUUAGUUGGAUGAAAGAUGUAAUUUAAAACAUUUGUUUUAUGUGGAGAGGAGGGGAGCGAAAUUCCUCUUGAGCCAAUUUUAGCAGUCAAAAGUGAUAAUUCUUUUGGAUACA